GGAAAGUGGGGAGCGAUUACCCAGCCCGAUGGAACGGAGGGCCACCCGCCCGGCCCAUGAGGUCCUGGCUAACCCUAAUAACGGGACGGCUGCUCCAACACUCUUCCUUUCCGUUUGCUCCUGUGGCAGCGACGAGCUCCAGCACCGGCAAUGGGUAUCUCCAGGGAUUCAACUCACAAGAGACGGGCAACCGGAGGUAAGAAGAAGUCAUGGCGCAAGAAGCGCAAGUACGAGUUGGGAAGGCAGGGUGCCAUGACCAAGCUGUCUAGCAACAAGACUGUGAGGCGUAUCAGAGUACGUGGAGGAAACUCCAAGUUCCGGGCUCUGCGUCUGGAUACUGGAAAUUUCUCAUGGGGUUCUGAGGCCGUCACCCGCAAGACGAGAAUUUUGGACGUGGUAUACAACGCGUCCAACAAUGAGCUUGUUCGUACUCAGACCUUGGUGAAAAAUGCCAUCAUCCAGGUCGAUGCAGCUCCCUUCCGUACCUGGUACAGUCAGCACUACGGUGUAGAAAUCGGCAAGAAGAAAAAGGCCGCUGUCAAGAAAGAGGAGGUUGCUGAGACUACUGAAGAAGAGAAAAAGCAAAGUAGCCAUGUGUUGAGGAAGAUCGCCAAGAGAGCUGAAGGCCAGAAGCUUGACGCUCAUUUGGAGGACCAGUUCGCCAGCGGAAGGUUGCUUGCGUGCAUUUCAUCUCGACCCGGACAGUGUGGCCGAUCCGACGGAUAUAUUUUGGAAGGCAAGGAGCUCGAGUUCUACCAGAAGAAGAUCCAGAAGAAGAAGGGCAAGGGUGCUGCCGCGUAGGUUGAUUAAUUUCGGCAAUCAAGUCGUAGGACUUGGUGUGGAUUGGAUUAUAUGAUAGGCAGUCUUCAGGGUUGUUUUCUUUGUGCUGGCGUGGCCAUCUCGUAAUGAAGUUCGCACCUACUUGAGCUCAGACAUGGUUGUUAGUCUCGACCUGCAUGUUCAUUUUGCCAUCUUAGUAGAAUUUCUUGCUAAGUGCCCCUGAUGCUCCUGCACAAUCGGUCCAAAGUUUCUUCGCAACCUAGACUCUGCAGCGGGUUGAUUAUAGAAUUUAACCUUUAGCACAGUGGAAUCUCAUUUCACUGACGAUCCUUGCCACCCCUUUUUUUGUUAACGAGGGUGUCACUGCACUGUUAUGUAUUCCACCUGGGAUUGCACCUAGCAAGUUGCUCACAGGCUGUUUGAAAUCAAUAGUUCAGUGGCA